CUCUGCGCCGGUCUUCACGCGGCGCGUCCGCCGAACGAACGUGCGCGCGUUCGUAUUUUCGAAUACUUUUUAUAUUAUUAACUGCCAGUAUAAAAUAAUAGUGGUGUGCUUCAAAAUUAUCGAAUUUUAAAUCGAAUACUCUUUAAUUUUUUUAUUGCAUAAGAAAAAAUGUGUAAAGAAAAAGUGUUGUUGUGUGUGUUAAUAUGUAAAUCGAAGUAAAGGACGAUCGGUAUCGAAGUUUUUUGUUUUCGAAAUAGGGAGGCUACGUCAAGACUUGUUUAUAUACGCUGAUGAACCGAAGAUGACAAGAAAAUUUCUCUUUUGUUUCCCUUUGCGGACGGGGAACAUUGUUUUAGGCUAUAUUAUCGUCACCAUAGCGAUAAUGGUGUUCGGAUACCACCUCUACGAGCUGGGUCUCACCAUGGUCUCUAAGGACUAUGAGCAUGAGAAAUUCCGCAACUUCCAGAAUCUGGAGAACAUCUUCGGGAAGACUAAUACUUCGCUGGUAGCUUGCAUCACCAUGAGCUACUAUACAACGUACUGCGCUAUCGCCUUUCUUCUGUUUCUGUUUGGAGUUAUGCUCGUGUGCGGAGCGUAUCAGGCGAACUACUGUCUGGUGGCUACGUUCUUCGUGUAUAGUUUCUUCCACAUGUUCUUCACAGUGAUUUUAGUCGUUUGGGAGGCUGUCUCCGAGGGCUGGAUACAGUUGGGACUUGUCGCUUUAUCUGAUGUGCUCCUGAUAAUCUGCCUGUUCAGUGUGAAGUAUCUGAUGGAGGCGAUUCGUACAGGGAACAUCUACAGUCGGCCCGGGGAGGUGCUGUGUUCAGACAAGUAUAACACGCUGACAAACCGCAGCAUGAGGGACAGAGAACCGAAAUACUACUACAAGGACUUCGACCGAUAGCUGCAUUUACGUGUUGUUCAGCUCAUGUCGUGCCAAUAUACGCUUCACGGUCAGCUCAUAAGCCUCCAAUACACGCUUCACGGUCUUGUGUGAUUCUUAUCCAUAACAGGCCUGCAACCUUGCCGAUGUCGUCACUCUAGUGACGGCAGAUGUUUGCCUUGUCUUCUACGUCUCAUGUAUUGUCUCCAGUCCUAUAAUUAAUGAAAAUUUAAAAUGGACUUUUUUAACCUUUAUGAAUUAUGUCUUUGCUUUCCUAGGAACUUCGAGAUAAAAAAAUACCCUGCCAUUUUCACGUUACGUAUAUUUUUACGUUCCUUUCACGAAAAUGGCAGGCAAUGUACAACUUGUACUUUUCAUCAAAUGUCGCCCUUGCGUGAUUGAAUGACAAACAUUGUAACACACACAUACUACCAAACUUUCAUAUCUAUUAGUUAGUACAAAGCAGAAUUUUCGAUAUCAAGACAAUGUGAAGCUGUGUUAUUUUCAAAUGUAUUCAAGAUACUCACUUCGAUUU